GCCGUAAGUGACGCGGUAAGUGGGAGGAGUCAGCGCCUUCGCUUAGCUACUCCUGAAAGUUUGCGGAAGUUUAUGUUGCUAAAGUUGAAGGAGUCAGCCGCCAAGAGGCUGAAAUUAGAAAAAGACGUCAUCUGAACCUCAAUAGAUGGACCUCAGUUCAGAGAAAAUACAGCGGAUUCUUUCCAAGUAUAAAUUCCAUGAUGUUGCUGUUGGGGAGCUGGAGAAAAUCCAUCGGAUAUUCCCCGGGAUUAAACCAUUUCCAGGCACCUACACUUUUAGCGACAGUACCCAAAAAGAUCUGAUCAAACUGAUUGGUAACAUCCCUGUCAAGUAUGAAGGUGUUACGUACAACUUCCCUAUUCUGCUGUGGCUGAUGGACUCAUUCCCCUUCACUCCUCCCAUCUGCCUCCUAAAACCCACUGCAAACAUGGUCAUCAGAGGGGGCAAACAUGUGGAUGCUCGAGGACGGAUCUUCCUGCCAGGACUGCACAACUGGGAUCAUCCAAAAUCAUCGGUGGUGGGUCUUCUGAAUGAGAUGAUUGCCAAGUUUCAGGAGGAUCCUCCACUGUCUGCAAAGACCACAGGAGAAAAUAAAGACCCACAUGAGCUCCUGGCUUUCGUCUCUAAUUUUAAGAAUAAUGAAGGUGUAAGCAGAAAUCCAAGUCAGAUGGGCCACAAAGUGUCUGUUAUUGGUGGAGGAGAUUUGGGAAUGGCGACAGUGAUGAGCAUUUUAUCAAAGUGUACAGUGGAUAAACUUGUCUUCAUUGACGUGGCUGAGAGCUCCACUAAGGGUGGCAGCACAGAUCUGGAGAUAUUCAGUCUGCCUAAGGUGGAGGUAUCCAGAGAUUUUUCAGCCUCUGCAGGCUCCAAGGUUGUCGUGGUGACUGCAAACGCAUGGAGCAGCGAGCAGUCGUAUGUGAGUGUGGUUCAGACUAAUGUGGACUUGUACAAAGGAAUCAUCCCGAAUGUAGCUCAUCUCAGCCCAAACGCAGUGAUGAUCAUCGCGUCACAACCAGUGGACGUUAUGGCCCACGUUGCCUGGAGGCAGAGUGGCCUCCCUCCAGCACAUGUGAUCGGGGCUGGUUGUAACCUGGACUCAGAGCGACUCAGUCACGUUUUGGAUAUUAACCUGAACACUCACAAACCAGCCUGGGUCAUAGGAGAGCUGUCAGACAGCAAAGUUCCUGUGAUAAGCAAUGGUGGGGCAAGCUCGAGUGUGCAGCAAGAGAUCACAGUUGGAGCCAACUCUGCCAAGCCACUCUUAGACAGAGCUUUUGAGAUGACAAAGAACAGAGGCCAGCGCUCAUGGUCUGUGGGUCUGUCCAUUGCUGACAUCACAAACAGUGUCUUAACGGAUAAAAAGAAGAUUCACUCCGUCUCCACACUGGCUCAGGGCUGGGCUGGAAUAGGCACAGAGGUUUUCCUCAGCGUGCCUUGCAUCAUGGGAGCAGACGGUUCCGCGCGCUUGGCUGGAGUUUCACUCGGACCGGAGGAAGACUCCAAACUGAAGGAUAGUGUCUCUUCUCUUUCCAACCUCAUGAGUCAGCUCAGGAUGUGAUUGUUUUCCCAGUUUCAGGCUUAACUCUUCCAGUAAAACACCCCUGCAGAUGUGAUGGGGCUGUGCUGGUGCCUGUGCUGAAGUUAAAUGCAAUAUCAUUAAGCUACUUACAUCAGAAGUUUUGGAGUUGGAAACUAUGUUGUCUUCUAAAAUGUGUUUAAUUUAAUCAAAGGAUUUGUAUCUAUGUUAGUUGGUUACUAUGUUUAACGUGUGGGGUACAAAAAUCAUCAGAAAUAUUUUGCAGGACUGUAAAAGGUACUUGUCUUGUCUUAUACAAAUGUUUUUUUUAAACAUAUAACAUAAAUGUUUUUUUUUUUUUAUAAAGAUCUAAGACUUUAAAUGAAAUAAUCUAAAAACCAAAGCUUUAUUUUUGUCAGUAAAUGCUCAUAUUGAAUUUGACUAUCACCAAAGAUGUACAUGAUAAGAUACAUGUUAUUUUUAUACUAACCCUCGCCUUACAUAGUUCUUUUGCAGAUAAUCAGGGUUUAUAGUUAUAGUAUGACUCCUGUUCAUGAUACACAGUACAUGUGACUGUUGAUGAUGCACUCAAUGAUUGAUGAAGUACAGCUUGUAUAUUUGCCUUGAUGCUGUUUCUAUAUUUAAUGAAAAUAUGAAGCUUUUUAACUGCCUUUACAUUUAAAUCAUCUUUGUUUACUUUGGGUGAAACACUUUGCACUUAUGUUUGUACACUAGGACUAUAUGGUUGUGUCGGUGUGCAAUAAACUUCUGAAACCAGA